AUGGAAUUAGCCGCUCUGAUUGCAGGACUCCAGGGCUGGAGAGGUGGAGGGGAUUGCUGGAAACCUCAGUCAGUGUUCGGCCAGCAAUGUCGGAAGAUGCUCCUGUUGAGAUGGAUCCUUCUCGUCUUCGUCCUUGUCGUGUCUGUCAGCUCUCAGGGUCCGCGCCAAUGGGCUACUCCGAGGGACAUAUCCAUGUUCGGGGCGGUCUUCCAGUGGUUCGAAGCAGCCGUCGAGAUGAUCUUCGGCUAUUUCUACAAUCCAGGAUCAAAGAGACGGUCAACAGACAGAAGCGAGAGAGUGUCCUACAAAAACUACCAAGUUCUAAGAGUCCGACCGAGUACUCAAGAAGCUCGGGAUGAACUACAGAAUCUUAUUGGUGAACCAGGUUUAGAGUUUUGGUCACUCCCCAUGAAGAACAGGACGACGGACAUCCUGGUGUCACCUGAUUUGGCAGAAUACAUGAAGGAAUACCUCGCAGAUAAAGAUAUAGGAUUCACAGUUCUCAGCAACAAUCUAGAGAUGGACAUUAAGAAACAGAACCCAAAGACAUCAAAGUUUACAGGCAGAUUAGAAGAAAAAUCAGCUAGGGCCCAUCCACUGACCUGGGCUAGGUAUCAUCGAGCGAAAGACAUUGAUGCUUAUCUGGAAUAUCUGGCCGCUUUGGAACCGAAGCUGGUUAGCCUUAUCACGAUCGGGAAAUCUUCGGAAGGAAGGCCAUUGAAAGUUGUGAAAAUAUCGACAAACAAGAAAAGGAGUGAAAAACCUGGAAUCUGGAUCGAUGCUGGCAUGCAUGGCAGAGAAUGGAUAGCUCCUGCUGUAGCUUUGUUUAUGCUAAAGCAACUUGUCGAAAACUAUUCGACCAACAGGGCAGUUGUGGACAGUGUUGAUUGGUACAUCAUGCCGCUGGCUAAUCCUGAUGGCUACGAAUAUACCCAUAAUACCGACAGGUUCUGGAGGAAAAGUCGAUCUAAGAAAAAUAGGCCACAUGAGAUGGGAAGAAUUUUCUGGGAUGAAGAUGAAAGAUGUGGAGGUGUGGAUUUGAACAGAAAUUUUGACUUUCAUUGGGGAGAAGCUGGUGCAUCAGAUAAUGCUUGUGGACCAACAUAUGCAGGACCACGGCCAUUUUCUGAACCAGAAACUAAGGCGAUCGCAGAUUUUAUUUUAGAACAAGAAGGCUUAAAAGCCUACCUCACUCUACAUUCUUACUCCCAAAUGUGGCUCUUACCAUGGGGAUAUACACGGCAAAUAGCCAAAGACCAUGAUGACCUGAUGUAUGUAGGGAGAAGAGCAAUUGAAGCUUUGCAAAAAGUACAUGGAACUAUUUAUAAAAUUGGAAGUUCCCCAUCACUUCUUUAUCCCACCUCUGGUAGCUCUGAUGAUUGGGCUAAAGGACGUGCAGGCAUUAAGUACAGCUACACAGUAGAACUCAGAGAUAGGGGUACUUAUGGGUUCCUUCUUCCUGGAUCACAAAUAGUUCCGACUGGCAGGGAAACAUUCGCAGCUGUAAAGGUAAUCGCUAAGCAUAUUGCGAAAGGUACGGACUGAAAAUAAAUGUCAAAGUAUGCCAACUGUUACUUGAUGAAUAACAAACUUACCAAAGAAGAAAAUAAUACUUGUUCAAUUCGUAGAAAAAAUAUUUACAUUACAUUGUUAAUAGUACAACACAUUUUCUAAUAAUUUUUCUGAUAGUAAAAACAAUUAUUUUGAGAAACUAAAACUCUUCAGUUUUGAAUGAUACAUUCUAUAAAAACAGGUAUAGAUUAUUGUAAUAAAAAGGUCUAGUACUUCAUAAUAAAAUACAUCCUGUUGCUUUUGUGAUUUUAUACUAAUUUGAAAUAUUAAUCCCUGAGACUCUAAAAUAACAAAUACAAUUAACUUUUCAAUAUUUUGCCAAUUCAGGUAUCAUUAGGACAGUAAUAAGCAAAACCAAAUAUAUAGAUCAUUUUCUUCCAAAACCUUUCUACAAGUUCCUUAUAUCCUCACUUAUUUUGUUUAUCUGCAUUUUAGAGACUCAAGGAUUUGUUAAUGGAAUAUUAAAAUCACAUCCAAACAAUUAAUUUAUAUCUAUUUUUGUUUUUUUCAUUUAUUCAUUAAAUUCUAUAAAUGUUGGCAUAUAAGGAAAAUUGAUGACCGAUACAAAGAAUAACUAAAACAUGAUUUAUGUUUGAACUCUUUUUGAGGUUGUAAAUAGUGUAUAAUUUUUCAAACCAAAUAAUGUAUAAGUUGUCUUUCCUCCUACUUUAGUUUUGUUACAAAAAUAGUACAAUGUUUUAUUUACUGUUGAAUAAUGAUGUAGCAUUAAAGUUGUAUUAGUUGAAUACCACAUUUUCUUUUUAUUGUAAUUUAUUUAUUGUAAAUAUCAUGUUAAGUAUAUAGACUGUUUCAAUUUGGCUAUACUCACUCAUUUACCUUUAUAUUUCAUACUUUAAUACAGGGAUCUCUUUAUUUUUGGCCCGUGGGCCAAAGUAAGACCUCCUCUAAGAACCGCUGGCCUGUGAUAAAAAAAAAAAAAAAAUUGUUCUGAAAAUUACACUUCAAUUCAAUCUUUGUUUGUUUUUAGGGAAGAACCCUAAACAAAUGGAGUCUAUAAAAAAAUAACAAACAUUAUUAUCCUUAUGGAAAUACAAAUUCAUUCUUUUUUAUACUACAAAACAGAUAUUACAACACUCUUAAGCAUAAAUUAAAAUUAUAUUCAGUAAAAAUCAGACAGUUAAAAUAGUUCUAAUUAUCAAAUUAAUAUAACAUCUAAAAUUGUCUACAAUACACAUAUAACAAUAAAUAAAUAUUUUUUAAAAUAAUAAUAUUAAACUAUGCUUUAAAAUUAAAUUAAAAGAUUACACCUUUACACAAGAGAACAACCAAGAAAAAUACCUGGACAGAUUACAUGCCGAUGUGCAAUAUGGAAGUUAUCCAUAAAAUGCAGAGGACAAUA